AUGAAUGUUUUCUCUGUUUACUAUGGUCUCCUACGUGACCAGGUUUAUGGCCAUAUACUUUUAGUUGUAUACUUUAGCAAUUGCCUUGCAAUGACUAAAAGUGAUGUGUAUGCAUUUGGUGUUGUUCUUUUUGAGGUUAUGAAUUCACCUGAUUCCGUUAGCAUGGCAAUCACAAGUAACCUCGUUGAUCCUACUCUGAUGGAUCAGUAUCCUCAUGAUUGUGUACAUAAGACAUUCUUUCGCUCCCAAGACUUAUGGGACACUAUAGAAGAGGGAUUAACUAUUCCAGAAGACACUUCCACUCUUACUGCAGCUCAGAAGAAGGAGUUGAAGGAAAACAAACAGAAGGAUUCAAGGGCUUUAUUUGCUCUUCAACAAGCAGUUGAUGACACAAUCUUUCCGAGAAUAAUAGGUGCCACAAGUGCAAAGCAAGCUUGGAACACAAUACAAGAAGAGUUUCAAGGAAGUGAUGAGAAAUUCAAGGCCCUUGUUGAGAAGCAAAGUGGAAAACAGAUAAAAGUAGUUAGAAGUGAUCCUGGAAAGGAGUAUACAUCUCGCGAGUUUGACAAAUUUUGCGAAGAUGAAGGCAUAGAAAGACAACUCACAGUCGCAUAUACUCCACAACAAAACGGUGUAUCAGAAAGGAAAAAUAUGGAGAUGGCAAGAUCAAUGCUAAAAGAGAAAGAUGUCAAACUAAGGCAGUCAAAGACAAGACUCCUAUUGAAGCUUGGAGUGGAAGAAAGCCAUCAACCAAACACCUAUGAGUAUUUGGAUCUAUCUGCUACAUACAUGUUCCUGAUCAAAGGAGGCACAAGCUUGAAGACAAGACUAUACGAGGAAUAUUCUUGGGAUAUAGCACACAAUCAAAAGGAAGAAGAAAAAGUUGUUAAAAGCAGCACUUUAGUCCCAGUGCAACAAUAUCAAGAAGAAGAAGCUUCAUGUACGCCUUCUCCACCUCCAUUAGAAGAUUCUUCACUAGAGUCCACUCCAAGACGAGUAAGAUCUUUGGUAGACAUAUACGAAACCUGCAAUAUGGCCAUGAUUGAGCCUAACUGCUAUGAGGAAGCAUCAAAGCAAGAAGUAUGGGUCAAGUCUAUGGAAGAAGAGGUUAAAAUGAUUGAGAAGAAUAACAUUUGGAAGCUCGUAAACUGUCCUCAUGGAAAAUACAUCAUUGGAGUGAAAUGGGUAUAUAAAACAAAGCUCAAUCCUGAUGGAACUAUACAAAAGCACAAGGCCAGAUUGGUUGCAAAAGGAUACUCACAACAACUAGGAAUCGACUACAAUGAGACAUUUGCUCCAGUUGCACGACUAGAUACAAUAAGAGCUCUAAUAGCCAUAGCAGCACAAAAAGGAUGGAACAUCUAUCAACUAGAUGUCAAAUCAGCCUUCCUAAAUGGAGUGCUCGAAGAAGAGAUUUAUGUUGAACAACCUCAAGGCUUCAUUAAUAAAGGCAAUGAAGGCAAAGUACUAAGACUAAAAAAAGCCUUACACGGCUUGAAGCAAGCUCCUCGAGCAUGGUAUAGCAAGAUUGAUCAAUACUUCAUCGAUCAAGGAUUCAAGAGGAGCAAAAGUGAGCCAACACUAUAUAUUAAAGCACAAGGUCAGUAUCACCUCAUUGUCUCCUUAUAUGUCGAUGAUCUUAUCUAUACAGGAAACAAUUUGUAG